CCGCCCCCUCUCCCGAGCGUCGAGACAAGAUGCUGCCCGGGCUCCGGCGCCUGCUGCAAGGUCCUGCCUCAGCCUGCCUCCUGCUGACUCUCCUGGCCCUCCCUCCCGCGGCUCCCAGCUGCCCUAUGCUCUGCACCUGUUACUCAUCCCCGCCCACCGUGAGCUGCCAGGCCAACAACUUCUCUUCGGUGCCGCUGUCUCUGCCACCUGGUACGCAGCGCCUCUUCUUGCAGAACAACCUAAUCCGCUCGCUGAGGCCAGGCACCUUUGGGCCCAACCUGCUCACCCUGUGGCUCUUCUCCAACAACCUCUCCACCAUCUACCCUGGCACCUUCCGGCAUCUGCAGGCCCUAGAGGAACUAGACCUCGGUGACAAUCGGCACCUGCGCUCCCUGGAGCCCGACACCUUCCAGGGCCUGGAGCGGCUGCAGUCACUACAUCUGUACCGCUGUCAGCUCAGCAGCCUGCCUGGCAACAUUUUUCGAGGCCUGGUCAGCCUACAGUACCUCUACCUCCAGGAGAACAGCCUGCUCCACCUACAGGAUGACUUGUUCGCGGACCUGGCCAACCUGAGCCACCUCUUCCUCCACGGCAACCGCCUGCGGCUGCUCACGGAGCACGUGUUCCGCGGCCUGGGCAGCCUGGACCGGCUGCUGCUGCACGGGAACCGGCUGCAGGGCGUGCACCGCGCGGCCUUCCGCGGCCUCAGCCGCCUCACCAUCCUCUACCUGUUCAACAACAGCCUGGCCUCGCUGCCGGGGGAGGCGCUGGCCGACCUGCCGGCGCUGGAGUUCCUGCGGCUCAACGCUAACCCCUGGGCGUGCGACUGCCGCGCUCGGCCGCUCUGGGCCUGGUUCCAGCGCGCACGGGUGUCCAGCUCCGACGUAACCUGCGCCACCCCGCCGGAGCGCCAGGGCCGGGACCUGCGCGCGCUGCGCGAGGCCGACUUCCAGUCGUGCCCGCCGCCCACGCCCACGCGGCCGGGCAGCCGCGCGCGCGGCAAUAGCUCUUCCAACCACCUGUACGGCGUGGCCGAGGCAGGCGCGCCCCCGGCAGACCCGUCCACCCUCUACCGGGACCUGCCCGCCGAGGACUCGCGGGGACGCCAAGGCGGGGACGCGCCCACCGAGGACGACUACUGGGGGGGCUACGGAGGCGAGGACCAGCGGGGCGAACAGACGUGUCCCGGGGCGGCGUGUCAGGCGCCCGCAGACUCACGUGGCCCUGUGCUCUCAGCCGGGCUGUGUACCCCUCUGCUCUGCCUCUUGAUCCUGGCGCCCCAUCACCUCUGACUGCGGUGCUCACACGGAA